CCGAUUUGCCGGAUCUAUUUUUCACCCAUUUGACUUGCCUUUAGAGUCUCGACAACUCAUAUUGUCACAAUAGCAAUAUUCGAAUCCCUUGUAUCAGAGCGACCAAGUAUAAUUGUAUAAACAACUUGGAUUAGUGAUUAGGAAACUUGGUUGGUUCUAGACGACGGUGACUGGCACAAAUACCGUUACGCCGUUGUAUCCCAUUGAAUACUAGAGGGUUAAACACGGUGUACUUCCAAACGUACGAGUCGGAGUUUGCAGCGCGAAUUGCCAGCUCUUCUCAACAUCCAGGUCCAAUACAGUUGAUUAUCCUUACGUCCAAUAUAUUUCGGUAUUUCGCAUUCGCACCUCGCUAUGGCUCAACAAACGCCCCCGGUAACCACGAUCGUACCCUUCCAGUCUCUGCCUUCGUGUGCAGGUCAAUGCGGUCCCCUUUACGAUGCUAAUGGAGCUUGCGUGCCUCCUGCUGCCGCAGCUGCCGAUGAAAAUACCUAUGACACCUGCUUUUGUGCCUACGAUAGCCUCCAACCAUUCAAGCAAGGUGCAUCUGGAGUUUGCGAUGCGGCUUGCACUAACGACAACGGGGGUUUGUCGAGUAUACAAGGCUGGUUCACAAGUUUCUGUAACGAAAAGGCUGCAGCUACUACGUCGUCAUCUUCAUCGACAAGCACCGGAACAGGGAGUUCAGGAAGCAAUGACGGCGGCGGAGACUGGAUUUCAACGCAUUGGAAAUGGGUUGUUAUGAUAGUCAUCAUCGUCGUCGGAAUCGCCGGUAUUUGGAUUGGAGCUUGCGUAUGGCGUCGCAAAUACCUAAGGAAAAAGGAUCGAAUGUACGAGCUUGGCAAGGGCCUUCCCAGUAACAUCGCGAUCAACACACAAGGCAAUCUUGUUGGACCUGGUGCAAGGGAUAGUACUUAUUCUAAUCCGGGCAUGUUCAUGUCAGGCUCUGGAGGUGCCAGUUAUACCGAAAAGCCAAAAAAGGAGCGCAAGAAGUGGAAUGUCACCCAACGAACAUGACCAACAUAACAUCAACGGAAUGUUAGUCUGUGCCAAUCACACGACGCUCCUUUUACAUACCGAUAUGGUAUCGUCUCGACAACACGUCAUUUACUA